CCGCGGGUGGGAGGGAGGCACAGGGGAGGGGGUCGAGCCAAGUCUCCUGCAAAGUCACUUCAGCCCGAGGGUCUCCAACCCGCGGCCACCAGAGCCUACAGCUAGUGCGGGGACCUCGGCUGUAGCCGCCCGUUUCCCAUUGGUCAACCGGAUGGGCGAGGUCUCCCACCCUGGCUUCUUAUUGGCGGGUGGCGCAGUCACUCCUCGGAUACCCGCGCCCUGCCACCGCCCCCGUCCGCGUCGCGCGGUGAUUGGCCACGCGGGUCGCGGGUCCCGGGUCCGAGUGGCUCUGAAGGGUCACUCUGGCAAGUGCGCCUUAGGCGCAAAGUUCCAGUCCUGUGCUUCAUGGGCAGGUGGUGUACCUGGGGCGCUUCUCAACUUCUUCCCGAGUGGGACUGACCUUCCUUGUGAGCUGCGGGACAGUCGCGGGGCAAAACUCCCUGGUCACGCCCCACGGUCACGCUCCGGUUCCUCGACCUCCAGCAGGGUGCUAUGUGCACCCCAGGAUGGGACCGCGUGCACGGAUGCAGCGACCCGAUCCCUAUCCCCGGGUCGGGGCUUCAGUGACGAGACCAGCCGGCCUCCUAAUGCGCUCUGCGAGGAUGUGGCUGGGACGCGGGAGAGAGCCGGGUGCGGGGAAACGCUGUGUCAUCCUCGGGAGCCGCCGCGCUCCUCCCGAGGGUCCCGAGCGUGCCCUAGUCCCGCACUCGUUGCUUCCUGGCGCCGCGCAGCGCUGGCCCCCAUCCACACCCGCUUGGGCUUUCGGGGUGCACAGUGACUGUGGUUAGCCUAACCCCGGGACACACAAACCUAGGAACCCGGCAGGGCAUCACUAACUCGGCCACGGAACCGGAGAUCCAGGUCUGUGAGCCAGGGACCUGGCGGCACAGUUCCAACACCGCAGACCCUCCCCGGCUGCUUCCAGAGCUGAAGUGAGCCUGGCCUUGCCAGGAGUAAGGGUAGCAGAUGUGCUAGAGAGAACUUUGAAGGAAGAAAUGAAAUGCUACAAAGCAAACAAAAAGGGAUCCAAUGAGGCAGGUCAGCACUUCGCAUGGCUGCCGUCCUGUGGGCAGGACAAAGGGACUUGUGUCAUGGAGAGAGAUCUGCAUAUUAUGCCGGUGGUCCUUAUUCCAGAGGUUUCCAACCACAAAGCCAGAGCCUUUCAUCUUCCAACGCCUGGCUGCCCGUCAUCCAACACCAGCUUUGCCAGUUUAAGGCCGGCCUACUCCACCUGUGCUCCUCCCCACUCACAGCCAGCGAGUCGCUUUGAAGUAAACCUGAACAUCCUGUCACUUCCUUUACUCACUAGACGGUGGGUAUAUCUAAAAAGGAGCAUUUGUGCGUGUUGUGUGUUGUGUGAGUGUAUGGCAUUCGUGUUCCCCUGUGUGUGGAGACCAGAGGAAAACUUCAGCUGUACUUCCUCAGGUACCAUAUUCAGCUUUAAAAAAAAUGCUUUAGAUUUGUAGAAGUUAAAAAAGAAUUCCCGAACAACUCUCACACAAGGUCCUUUAAUAUCUCACAGAGCCAAGGUCCAUUUGUCAAAAAGAGGAAGUCAAAAUUGGUGGCUGGAGAGAUGGCUCAGCAGUUAAGAGUGCUUGCUGGUCUUGCAGAGGACCCAGGUUCGGGUUCCAGCACCUGUGUUA